UCAGGUGCCAUUUGGAUAGUACUUUAGUGGCACAAUGUACUCUGAGUGGAGGUCACUGCAUUUGGUGAUUCAGAAUGAUCAGGGCCAUACCAGUGUGCUACACAGCUAUCCAGAGAGCGUUGGGCGAGAGGUGGCAAAUGCCGUGGUCCGUCCUCUUGGGCAGGCUUUAGGUGCCCCUUCAGUGACUGGUAGUGAGAGUUUGUUAAAAACUGACAAAGAAGUAAAAUGGACCAUGGAAGUAAUUUGCUAUGGACUGACCCUUCCACUGGAUGGAGAGACUGUAAAAUAUUGUGUUGAUGUAUAUACAGACUGGAUUAUGGCUUUAGUGUUGCCGAAAGAUUCCAUUCCAUUGCCAGUUAUUAAAGAACCUAAUCUAUAUGUUCAAAGUAUACUCAAACACCUGCAAAAUCUUUUUGUACCAAGACAGGAACAGGGUUCCAGUCAGAUCCGACUAUGCUUACAAGUCCUGAGAGCCAUUCAGAAACUGGCCCGUGAGUCGUCUAUCAUGGCCCGAGAAACCUGGGAAGUCUUACUGUUGUUUCUUCUGCAAAUUAAUGAUAUACUUCUGGCCCCACCAACUGUUCAAGGUGGCAUUGCUGAGAAUCUAGCAGAGAAGUUGAUUGGUGUUCUCUUUGAGGUGUGGCUACUGGCUUGUACUCGGUGCUUCCCAACACCUCCUUAUUGGAAGACAGCCAAGGAAAUGGUGGCUAACUGGAGGCACCACCCAGCAGUGGUGGAGCAGUGGAGCAAGGUCAUCUGUGCACUCACUUCUAGAUUGCUACGCUUUACAUAUGGUCCUUCAUUUCCUCCAUUUAAAGUUCCCGAUGAAGAUGCCAGUCUGAUCCCUCCAGAAAUGGACAAUGAGUGUGUUGCACAGACAUGGUUUCGCUUUUUACAUAUGUUAAGUAAUCCUGUGGAUUUGAGUAACCCAGCUAUCAUAAGCUCUACUCCCAAAUUUCAGGAACAGUUCUUGAAUGUGAGCGGAAUGCCACAAGAAUUGAAUCAGUAUCCCUGCCUUAAACAUCUGCCUCAAAUAUUUUUUCGUGCCAUGCGUGGAAUCAGCUGUCUGGUGGAUGCAUUCUUAGGCAUUUCUAGACCCCGAUCAGACAGUGCUCCCCCAACACCUGUGAAUAGAUUAAGUAUGCCUCAAAGUGCUGCUGUUAGUACCACCCCACCACAUAACCGGAGGCACCGGGCUGUUACUGUGAAUAAGGCCACCAUGAAGACAAGCACAGUUAGUACUGCUCAUGCCUCAAAAGUUCAGCACCAGACUUCCUCCACCUCUCCUCUGUCAAGUCCAAAUCAGACUAGUUCAGAACCCCGGCCACUGCCUGCCCCUCGGAGACCAAAGGUUAACAGCAUCUUGAAUCUCUUUGGAUCAUGGUUAUUUGAUGCAGCAUUUGUUCACUGUAAACUUCAUAAUGGGAUAAACAGAGACAGCAGCAUGACUGCCAUGACAACACAAGCUAGCAUGGAGUUUCGACGAAAAGGGUCACAAAUGUCCACGGACACCAUGGUUUCCAAUCCUAUGUUUGAUGCAAGUGAAUUUCCUGAUAACUAUGAAGCAGGAAGAGCUGAGGCUUGUGGGACACUGUGUAGGAUUUUUUGUAGCAAGAAGACUGGAGAAGAGAUUCUGCCAGCUUAUUUAUCCAGAUUUUACAUGCUUUUAAUUCAAGGUUUGCAGAUAAAUGAUUAUGUGUGCCACCCUGUCUUGGCCAGCGUUAUUCUAAACUCCCCUCCUUUGUUCUGCUGUGACUUGAAAGGGAUUGAUGUUGUGGUUCCUUACUUUAUUUCAGCUCUUGAAACCAUUUUGCCUGACAGAGAACUCUCAAAAUUCAAAAGCUAUGUAAACCCAACAGAAUUAAGAAGAUCCUCCAUUAAUAUCCUACUUUCUUUGUUGCCCCUCCCUCAUCAUUUUGGCACAGUCAAAUCUGAGGUGGUCCUGGAAGGAAAGUUUAGUAAUGAUGACAGCUCUUCUUAUGAUAAACCAAUAACUUUUCUGUCCCUGAAGUUGAGGCUUGUGAAUAUACUAAUAGGUGCCUUGCAAACGGAAACGGACCCCAACAACACCCAAAUGAUAUUAGGGGCAAUGUUAAAUAUUGUUCAAGAUUCAGCACUUUUAGAGGCCAUUGGUUGCCAAAUGGAGAUGCCUGCUCAAGCUCUCCUAAGGGAUUAUGCUCUUAAUACAGAUUCAGCUGCUGGGCUCCUGAUUCGCAGCAUUCAUCUCGUCACCCAAAGACUCAACUCCCAGUGGCGCCAAGAUAUGAGCAUAUCCCUGGCAGCUCUGGAGCUUCUCUCUGGCCUGGCGAAGGUAAAAGUAAUGGUCGACUCAGGAGACCGGAAGAGAGCCAUCAGUUCUGUGUGCAGCUACAUUGUGUACCAGUGUAGUCGGCCAGCUCCUCUUCAUUCCCGGGAUCUGCACUCCAUGAUAGUGGCAGCUUUUCAGUGUCUCUGUGUCUGGCUGACAGAGCACCCUGAUAUGCUUGAUGAAAAGGACUGCCUUAAGGAAGUAUUGGAGAUUGUGGAACUGGGUAUCUCAGGCAGUAAGUCCAAGAACAGUGAGCAAGAGGUCAAGUACAAAGGAGAUAAGGAGCCAAACCCUGCAUCUAUGAGGGUAAAGGAUGCUGCUGAAGCCACCCUAACAUGUAUCAUGCAGUUGCUUGGCGCAUUUCCUUCACCCAGUGGUCCUGCAUCUCCCUGUAGUCUGGUGAAUGAGACCACUCUGAUUAAGUACUCUAGGCUGCCGACCAUAAACAAGCAUAGUUUCCGGUAUUUUGUCUUGGAUAACAGUGUCAUCCUGGCAAUGCUGGAGCAACCACUUGGAAAUGAGCAGAAUGAUUUUUUCCCCUCUGUCACUGUGCUGGUCCGGGGAAUGUCUGGAAGACUUGCUUGGGCACAACAGCUUUGCCUUUUACCUAGAGGAGCAAAAGCAAAUCAGAAGCUUUUUGUGCCUGAACCUCGCCCCAUUCCUAAAAAUGAUGUUGGAUUUAAAUACACUGUGAAACAUCGGCCAUUUCCUGAAGAGGUGGAUAAGAUUCCUUUUGUGAAAGCAGAUCUGAGCAUCCCAGAUUUGCAUGAAAUCGUCACUGAAGAAUUAGAAGAGAGACAUGAAAAAUUAAGAAGUGGCAUGGCCCAGCAGAUUGCUUAUGAAAUACACCUUGAGCAACAAAGUGAGGAGGAAUUGCAGAAGAGAACUUUUCCUGACCCUGUUACAGAUUGCAAGCCCCCACCUCCUGCCCAGGAGUUCCAGACAGCUCGCCUUUUCCUUUCACACUUUGGAUUUUUGUCCUUAGAAGCAUUAAAGGAACCUGCAAAUAGUCGUCUACCUCCUCACCUUAUUGCACUUGAUUCCACGAUACCUGGAUUUUUUGAUGACAUUGGGUAUCUGGAUCUCUUGCCAUGUCGUCCUUUCGACACAGUUUUUAUUUUCUAUAUGAAGCCAGGUCAGAAGACGAACCAAGAGAUUUUAAAGAAUGUGGAGUCUUCCAGAAAUGUUCAGCCACAUUUCCUAGAAUUUUUACUCUCCCUUGGCUGGUCAGUAGAUGUGGGCAAACACCCUGGUUGGACUGGGCAUGUUUCCACCAGUUGGUCUAUUAACACUUGCGAUGAUGGUGAAGGAUCUGAACAAGAUGAAGUGAUUUCCUCUGAAGAUUUUGGGGCUAGCAUUUUCAAUGGACAGAAGAAGGUGCUGUAUUAUGCUGAUGCCCUUACGGAAAUAGCUUUUGUGGUUCCUUCUCCUGUGGAGUCCUUAACCGAUUCAUUGGAAAGUAACAUCUCAGACCAAGAUAGUGAUUCAAAUAUGGAUCUUAUGCCAGGAAUUCUGAAACAGCCAUCCCUGACGCUUGAGCUUUUCCCCAAUCAUACAGACAAUCUUAAUUCCUCACAAAGGCUCAGUCCCAGUUCUAGAAUGAAGAAGCUGCCUCAGGGUCGCCCUGUGCCCCCACUUGGACCUGAGACAAGAGUUUCUGUAGUCUGGGUGGAACGCUAUGAUGAUAUAGAAAACUUUCCCCUCUCAGAUCUGAUGACAGAGAUUAGUACUGGUGUGGAAACUACUGCAAAUAGUAGCACUUCUCUGAGAUCUACAACUCUUGAAAAAGAAGUUCCUGUCAUCUUCAUCCACCCUUUAAACACUGGAUUAUUCCGGAUAAAGAUUCAAGGAGCCACUGGAAAAUUUAACAUGGUUAUUCCUCUUGUGGAUGGGAUGAUCGUCAGCAGGCGAGCUCUCGGCUUUCUGGUGCGGCAGACUGUAAUUAACAUUUGUAGAAGAAAAAGGCUGGAGAGUGACUCCUAUAGUCCACCCCACGUCCGCCGGAAACAGAAAAUCACUGACAUUGUAAACAAGUACCGGAACAAGCAGUUGGAGCCAGAGUUUUAUACUUCACUUUUCCAGGAGGUUGGAUUCAAGAACUGCAGUUCUUAGACCUCUGUCUGUCUAGGACUAUUGAACUCCAUAUUGGGAACUAUAAUAUCAAAGCAAAACAGUUUGAUAGGUGAUCACUGUAAAAAUAAAAACAAAUCACUCCCCAAGAGCUUACUGUUUAAUCACCAGAAUAGAAAAAACACAUUAUAAACCCAUUUGUUAGAAGACUUUUGGCUGUCUAGUGAAAUGGGUUCCCAGACACAAUCAUAUUCCUGCUGGUAAUGAUGAUAUACAUUUUAGUCAUAAACUUUCUUUAAAAAGUGACACUUUUAGUUAAAUAUAAGCCUUUUGAGGAGAAAGGCUUUUAUGCAUCUCAGUUAAACACAUGCAUUGAUAGUAUCAACAAAUUUGCAAUUUAGACGUUGAAUAUAGUUUUAUACCUCACUUUUUAGGAGGUUAUAUUCAAAAUUAAAAUCUGUCUCAGAAUAUUCUAGGACAUUUAAAGACUCUGUUGAUAGCAUGGAGGAGAAGGAAAGAAGUCUCAACCUUCUACUCACUUGUAGGUUUAUGUCAUUCAACUGUCAAACUAACAAAAAGAUCAUAAAUGUUUUUUUCUCAGACAAUAAGUUUGACAUUAAAAUCUUUCACAUUAUUUCUCCACAUUUCAAAUAGUUGUCAUUCUCAUCGCUGCACAGAUCUGUCUUGAAGACCUCAGUCUCUGGACGACCCAGGAACAGAUAAAAAACAGAGACAUGACCUUGUCCUUUAAUGGGGAUGCAAAUGAAGUCUGUGGCGUUAAAAGUUAUAAGACAGCAGUGAUACCUCCACUCUCUCCAUUGUUGUCCAGCUUGGUGACAUAAUGACAGGUUACAUAUUUGUGAUUCAUUAAUUAAAUAUCACUUAAAGAAAUGUAAAUUCACAAUAGGAGUUGAAAAUUAUUUGGUUUCAUCCACUGUUUCUCGUUUCAGAACCAAGCAGCAAAACUGCAAUAGUUUAUGAAGGAUUCUAAUUGGGGUUCAAGAAAUAGCCUCUCAAUGCUACUAAUUCAGAUCUGUCCCAGAGAGCUAUUGGAUUUCAUCAUGAUUGACAAAUAUUAGUAACCAUCUCUUUGGGUGGCUACUUUUAGAAAUGGCUGUUGUCACGUUUUCUGAACUUUGCCAGCUAAAGGCACAACAAAUCCCUGCUAGGGUUUUGGAAAUACUUCUGUUACCUCGCUGCUACUUUUCUGCCAGGGAUAAAACUUUUGAGGUAGCCAGACCCAGAACAUCCUUACAAGGAUUCCUGUUACAGUGCUACAGUAUAUACCACUCAUUUCUCCUAUUCUUAUGUGCUUUCUUCUUUAGUAAGAUUAUUUUAUGUUAAGUAAAUAAGUGACAUCUGAAGUCCAAAGAGAAGUGAUCACAGUUGUAUAAGGAGUAUUUUCCUACUUGAACUUUGAUGUCAGUAGAUUCUGUAGGUCGGGAAUACUAUGAUCUGUUUGGUUUGAUGUUUUGGUAGUCUGUCUAGGGGGUGGGGGAUAGUGUAGGACCUGAUUCCCUGUGCAGACAUCUCAAUUCCAGUGUAUGUAUUUUGCCAUCUAUGAGCAAAAAAUGUGGGCAUAGAAGCUUCUGGUUUUAAGUUUGCCAUUCCCUUUUCUUCAUGUUUGUUUUAAGCUCAGGUAAAGCUAUCCUCCUAUGACUCUAGUUUUCCAUUCGGGGUGUAAUAUUAUUCAAUAGUUGAUUUUCUUUUUAAGCUGGACAAUAAAUUGAUGUUUCUGGAUGGUCGUAUGUAGAGGGGGGUAUAAGAUAAAGAUUAGCAAAUUCUACCUUAAAAAAUGUUUUAGUAGCUCAACAGGAAUAAGGAGGUUUAACAACUUUCAAGGGAAUUCCAGAUUGACAUUUUAAGGGGAAAAUGGGCCCUUGUUCUAAGUUGAAGUGAACAAAAACGGCUAUAAAUUGAUGUGCAACUUACAACAUUCCAGGGGUUAAAAAUAACUGGUGGAGAUGUACUUCUUUAGUGUGAUUCUUUAGAUACAACUUUUACCUUUGACGUAGUUUUAAUGUCAGAAAAAUGUGUAGUGUGUGUGUUGGGGCUGGACUUGCUGACCCUUCAGUUAGCUCUAAUUUUUGGCACCUCUUUGUAAUUGUAAUGCCUUUGUUAAGUGACCAACCAUGUUGAAUGCAGUUUGUGAUCUGGAGAUUUAAUGGUCUUCCAGGGAAGGGGGAUGUGCAGCCCCUGAAGGUGUUGAAACCCUGAUGUACAGAGCCAGUGGGAUAUGGGGUACCAUACCUUACCAGGAACUGGUUCCUUCUGUUCAAAAGAACGCCUUCUCCAAAAGGGAGUGUGAUAAGAAGUAUGGAUCUGAGUUCAUGGUUACCAUGUUCACCCACUGCUGUGUUAAAAAUCACUUUGAGUAGAAUAACCCCAGAGGAACAUAUGUAGUACCUAAUACUAAUCUGUUAGUCACCUUUGUGGGGAAGCCAGGACCACUCUAGGACCACUUUUGACUGUGGCUUAAGCAGUUCAGUUGCUGCAUCUGCCGGUGCACCACGAGGUGGGUGAGUGUGACAUUCUGUGAGGAGGAAAGUAUUUACCUGGGAGAUAGACAGGGUAACCUGCCCCUCCUACCCGCUUCUUGAGUUUGGAGGGGGGAGCUUUUUUCCUCCUCCCUGGCUAGGGGAGUGAGGAGGGCAUUUACCUUUUUUCAUUCUUUCCUUGUUUAGCCAGCUCUCCCUUUUGUCCUGAGCUUCUUCCUAAGACCCUCUCCUAUCCUUUGGCUCUUUGAUAGGAAAAAUCACAUCAUGGGUUACCAGCCAUGCACUUGAGCAUGUACACACACACACACACACACACACACACGUGCACAUUUUCCUUCAUUUCCAGGUCCUCUAUUUCAGGGCAGCCCAUUCUCCUCUGGACUCAGUUGUAAGUACAAAAUAGUCGCACCUUUGGCCAGUGAUGUCAGUUGCCUACAGGUUCCAUGUGUAAGGCCUUCAUGAAGUGUUACUUUCUACAUAUACUGGGAAAGCGUUUGUCAGGCUCUGCAGACUGGUUUUUAGUGAAGCAGAUUCUUUGAGUAUUUAUUUCUUUUGGAAGGUGGAACUUUACCCAAAGUGGGAGUUAGCCUUGCUCAAAAUACAUGUUUUAUGGUAGAUGGUAAUUUGACCCUCCUGCUGGCGGCAGUUCUCCUUCAGCAUUCUAAAACCCAUUCAGGUUAUAUCUUCUUAAAAAUAGUUGAUUUCUGUGUUUACAUGAACUGGUCCUUGGAGACAAAUGUUCUGUUUUAAAGAUUUCCAUGACAGCCUCUUUUCCUGAGAUGGAGAGACUGGAGGUGAUUCAUCCGUACCAUGUGGAGUCACAAGGAGUGUUUCUCAGUAGCUCAAGAAGCCAUGUACUGUAUAGUGUUUUUCAGAAUAUCAACUUAUGUUCUUCAGAUGCUUUUCUUUUUUUAAUGGUGAAGGAAAAGUAUAAUUUGGGAUUCCACAGUGCCUUGCAUAUAGUAGGCGCCCAAUAAGUACUUGUUGAAGCAUACCUAGUUUCCCAAGUCCUCAUCUCUUGCAGUGAUCAAGACAUCUUUCUCCUCUGAAGGGCUUGGCAGUUGUGGCUAAAAAAAUAAACAGUAUCAUUAUUUGCUUGAAAUCAUAUAUACAGUUUGUAUGAAUUUCAGUAUGUUGCCAAGACAUGAUCUUUUUCUUAUUGUAUUUUCUGUAAAUAUUUCUGGCACUGAACUGUAAAGUAAAGAUAAAAUGUACAUAUGAAGGUGUCUCCAUGUCCCCUCACCUCCUGUGUUUAUCCUCGUCGGUUAGGGAAGAAGGCCCAGAGGGUUGUUUGUAUUUAUGCCAAUCCUUUAUCCAGAAGAAACCCAUGGAUAUUGAAUGUAAUACAUUUAGUCAAUUAAAUUUUAAGGAAAUUCUUAUCUAA